AUGGAGAACUUUGUUGUCGGUCUCAUUGGUAUGGGCGACAUGGGCAAGAUGUAUGCCGAAAGGCUAUCUGCCGCUGGCUGGAGAAUAGAAAUAUGCCCCAACGGUCACUAUGUCUCCCGCGCAAGCGACUACAUCAUCUACAGCGUCGAGGCUGCUGUCAUUGACCGUGUAAUCGCCCAGUAUGGACCAUCGACAAAGCUCCGCGCCAUUGUCGGCGGCCAAACAUCCUGCAAAUCCCCCGAGAUCGCUGCCUUUGAAGCACAUCUACCCGCCGAUGUGUCCAUCAUAUCCAUCCACUCACUUCACGGACCUACAGUCGAGCCGGCGGGCCAGCCACUUGUACUCGUCCAGCACCGCGCCCCCGAUGCCGCGCUCCACAAGGUCGAGGCCGUCCUCGCUUGCCUACGAUCACGCUACGUCUACCUCUCCGCGAAGGAGCAUGACCGGAUCACAGCCGACACCCAGGCUGUCACACACGCAGCCUUCCUCUCCAUGGGAAAGGCAUGGCACGCAAACACGCAGUUCCCCUGGGAACUGGCCCGCUACGUCGGUGGGAUAGAGAAUGUCAAAAUCAACACCAUGCUGAGGAUCUACUCGCAAAAAUGGCACGUCUACGCCGGCCUCGCCAUCCUCAAUCCCGAGGCCAAGAAGCAGAUCGCAGAGUACGCGCGCAGCGUCACGGAUCUGUACAAGAUCAUGCUCGAGGGUGAUCUACCCGCACUGCGACAGCGCAUGUUUGCUGCCAGGGACAAGGUGUUCGGUGCCAAUUCGAAAUGGGGUUCUGGAGCGUCGGGACCUCUGCUACAACCCGCCGUCCUCUCCUCAUUCUCCUUGGGAACGCCUUCUCCAGACUCCACGCCACGACCAAACAACCACCUCAGCCUUCUCGCGAUGGUAGACUGCUGGGCGAAUCUGGGCACUGUGCCCUAUGACCACAUGAUCUGCAGCACGCCGCUUUUCCGCUUGCGGCUGGGUGUGACAGAAUACCUGUUCGGCGACGAGGCGAUGCUCGAAGAGACACUGACGACCGCUGUCAGCGACCUGACAUACCGGAGCGACGACCUCGAGUUCACCUUUGCAGCUAGGGCCUGGGCGGAAUGUGUCGCGAUUGGACACUUUGAGACGUACGAGAAGCGCUUCCUGAGCACCCAGGAGUUCUUCAAGCCGCGUUUCGAAGAGGCCAAGAUCAUUGGUAACCAGAUGAUGAAGCAAAUCAUGGAAGGCGUCAAGGACAAGCCGCAGUGA